AUGGCUACACUACACUUUACACCAAAAUAUGAGGACGACGAGGUCUUUUCCAUUGCUGGUAAGGCCUUGAAGUUGACCACAAAGGAAGACAUCCAGCCCCACUUGGAUGACUUGGCAAAGCUGAAGAAGUGCAAGAAACUAGAUUUCUCAGGUAACACCAUUGGUACUGAAGCUUCUAAAGCGUUGGCUGAUUUCUUGGGAUCCACAGAGUCAGUCAGGGAUGUUGUUGAAGAGAUAAACUUUGCAGACAUGUACACUUCGAGGUUAGUCGAUGAAGUGGUCGAUAGUUUGAAAGCAUUGCUUCCUGUGCUUUUGAAAUGUAACAAGUUGACAAUAUUGAACUUGUCUGAUAACGCUUUCGGCUUGAGAACCAUCGACUACUUGGAGAAUUACAUCGCCAACGCCGUUCACUUGAAGCACUUGAUCUUGAGUAACAAUGGUAUGGGCCCAUUUGCAGGUGAAAGAAUUGGUAAAGCUUUGUUCUAUUUGGCCCAAAACAAAACCAAGGCCAAGGAAUCGAUGUUGGAAACCUUCAUCUGUGGCAGAAAUAGAUUAGAAAAUGGCUCUGCUUUAUACCUCGCCCUAGGUUUGAAAAGCCAUGGUGAUGGUUUGAAAGUUGUCAAACUGUACCAAAAUGGUAUCAGACCAAAGGGUGUUGCUACGUUGAUACACUACGGUUUAAAAUAUAACACCAAAUUGGAAAUCAUAGACUUGCAGGACAACACUUUUACAACUGCUGCUUCUCUAGUCUUGGCUAAGAAUUUACCACUAUGGAAGAACACCCUGGUUGAAUUGAACUUGAACGACUGUCUGCUCAAGGCAAAGGGCUCUAAAGAAGUGUUCAAAGUCUUUGAAGAUAACACAUUUGAAAAUCUGGAAACCCUGAGAUUUGAAUAUAAUGAAAUGGAACAAGACACUUUAGAAACUGUCUUUUUGCCAGCUAUCGAAGAUAAUAAAUUCCCUAAACUAAAGAAUUUAGAAAUUAAUGGUAACAGAUUUGAAGAGGAUUCUGAUCCAGUUAACGCUUUGAUGGAUCACUUCGAAGAUUUGGAAUUGGAUGACCUUGAAGAACCUGACAGUGAAGAAGAAGAAGAGGAAGAGGAGGAAGAGGAGAAAAUGGAAGAAAUUGAAACCUCAAAGAUUGAAAAUGAACUAAUAGAAUUACAGAUAGAUAACCUGGCACAAGAACUAUCUAAGGCUAGCAUUUGA